AACAAAGUGGUAAGGUUGUGGUCACGUUUGUGUGGCCAUUAAUGCAGUAAAAGCAGAGUAUGAUGAUGGUGGUAGGGAAGAAGAGCAAAGAGGGCGAGAGAUAUCUUCUUCUUAUCCAUGGCGGCUAUUGCUAGUUUGCAAGCAGUUAAUCUCACACUUAGGCGACGUGGCACUCGAUGUGGGAUUGCGGAGCCGAGCGGAGAGCCAGCUCCAAUGGGGCUGAAGACUAGAUACGACGAUGGGUUGGUGGAGAGAGUGUUCAUGGGUCUGUUCGCGAGGAAGAUGGACAAGUUCGGGUCGAAGAAGAAGAAGGAAACGAAGGAGAAGGGUUUUUGGGAGUACGAUUACGAGAGCUUCGUGGAGGUGUCAAAGAGAGUGAUGCAGGGACGGUCCAGAGUGCAGCAGCAAGAGGCCGUGAGGGAGGUUCUUCUCUCUAUGCUGCCUCCUGGUGCUCCUCAACAGUUUAGAAAAUUGUUCCCACCAACGAAAUGGGCUGCAGAGUUCAAUGCCGCUCUUACAGUGCCUUUCUUUCACUGGUUGGUUGGUCCUUCUCAGGUCAUAGAAGUGGAAGUGAAUGGUGUGAAACAGAGAAGUGGAGUUCGUAUAAAGAAAUGCAGGUAUUUGGAGAACAGUGGGUGUGUAGGAAUGUGUGUGAAUAUGUGCAAGAUUCCAACCCAAGAUUUCUUCACCAAUGAGUUUGGCCUCCCACUCACCAUGAACCCAAAUUUUGAAGACAUGAGCUGCGAGAUGAUAUACGGGCAAGCGCCUCCGGCCUUUGAGGAGGAUGUAGCCACCAAACAACCUUGUCUAGCAGACAUAUGUUCUAUGUCCACUCCAAGCUCCCCAAUCUGCCCUAAACUAGAGGCAUGAGUGGAUUGGAUCAGCAGCCACUUCUUUUAUGGGAUGUGCAACUUCCAAGAGAUAUACAUACUUUGUUUUUUCCAAACACAUACAUUUCAUACAAAAGACAGUUGUGAAGACGAGUUAGUGUUCUGUGUUACUAUUUUCGUUGGGUUGUGUAAAGUAUACGAUUAAUACACUUGAGCUUACUCAUCUUCUUUGUGUUCUAUGUUUGAACUCGCCAUGCUGGUUAUAACUUGGAUCUCAAGUGUUACUUGCA